AUGUUCAAACGCUACCUAUGCCAAUUGCUCUUCUUUUCAAUUGCCUUUCUCAUCCUAUUCUUUCAUGUUUAUCAUCAGCUUGGCUUUGAUCUCUAUCAACAUGAUGUUGUUUUGCAGAGAAGUAAAUCAUCGGAAUUAGUUCAACGAUGUGUUCUUGGUUGCAUCAAUCCAAAGACCCAUCCAAACACCAAGCAAAGUACAAUUAAAAUUGGAGAUGUAUUGUUUCAUCAGGGAGUUGUUGAUACAGUUGGUUUUCCUCCAAAUUUGCCAAUUGUGGUGGUGGAUUAUCAGUUGAAUAGAACAAAUUUUGUGUUGGAAUGGAAGACAGUGCAAAAAUCAGAUUGGUUGGAUAUGAGCGAACGAUAUUCCUAUUCGAAUGUGGAUGGUCAUUUGAGAAUCAAGGUGUUUGAGAGUGGUUAUUUGACUCUGUUGACUAAUUGGUUGACACCUUUUGAUUCAUUCCACUACUGGCGCUUGAAUUCGUGUCUUGGAUCAAACAAAGUUUUGUAA